AGUCCGGUCCAGUCCAGCAGAGGCGCCCUGCUCCUCCCUGCCACUGCCACAGUCCUCCCCCAUGGAGCGACGAGCUACUGACGCCUAGCAGCUACAGUACUAGCUUCACGUGAGCGCUCAAAGAAAACCAGCCAAUCUUCCCUCGCUUGCUGCUUGAUAGUACUUCCUCCCCUGUAAAUCUGAGCAUUUAAUGCCCACUCCCUCCUCUGGACUCUGGUCUCCCUCCCAAACCCCUCCUCCUCCUUCCGUCCCCUCUCGCAGCCGCCGGCAGAUCAAAAAUCCGCGCACGCGCUGAUCUUGGUUCCUGGAAGCACUGGUCUUUGUCCUUUCCUUUCCUUGCACUGAUCGGCCGCGCCCUUUGAUGCGAGCAGAAGGAGGAAAGCGGGUGUUCCGUUGAUUUCUGUGUUUCUUUCCGCCGGCGCUGGCUGUCCGGGGCGACGGCGAUGAGGCGGCAUGGGUGGCAGCUCCCUUACCACCCACUCCAGGUGGUCGCCGUGUCCGUGUUCUUGGCGCUGGCGUUCGCGUUCUACGUCUUCUUCGCUCCCUUCGUCGGGAGGAAGGUGUUCCAGGAUGCAGCCGUUGGGCUCUACACUCCACUGGUUUUCUGUGUAUUCUUCCUAUACAUCUGGUGUGCUGCAACGGAUCCAGCAGACCCAGGGGUCUUGAAAUCAAAGAAGUACCUAAGAUUGUAUGGAAGCUGCAAACAUCGGCAAGGUGUUUCAGAUGUUGGAUUACAACUAGAGGGAACUGGAGAAAAGAAAGAACAUGAAGUUGCUGAUGCUAGUGAAACAUCAAUGACUCAACACAAAAGCAAAAGCACAUCCUGCUGCAGUGCAGCUUCCUCUGCACUUCUCCUUAUAUUCUACCCUCUCUCUUUUGCUUUUUCCUGCUGCCAGUCACGUGAUUGGUCAUCUGAGCAGCAAGCCAGUGAGGAAGGGAUGUUUUUCUGCAGUCUCUGUGAAGUUGAGGUGUUGAAGUACAGUAAGCAUUGUAGAGUUUGUGACAAAUGUGUUGACGGCUUUGAUCAUCAUUGCAGGUGGCUCAACAACUGUAUUGGGAAAAGAAACUAUAGGAGGUUUUUUCUUCUAAUGACAACUGCUCUUUUCUUGCUUAUCCUGCAAUCAGCAACUGGAGUAUUGGUGCUAGUGCUCUGCUUUGUUGAGCGAAAGGAAUUCAAUACACAAAUUGUGUCAAAGCUAGGAAGCAGCUUCUCUAUAGCGCCUUUCAUCAUUGUGGUGGGAUCCUGUACUAUCCUAGCUAUGGUUGCCUUACUGCCAAUUGCCCAGCUUCUCUUUUUCCACAUUCUUCUCAUCAAGAAGGGAAUCAGUACAUACGACUACAUUAUUGCCCUGAGAGAGCAAGACCAAGAAGAGGUUAGUGGGCAGCAGAGUCCGCAGAUGUCUCAUGUAAGCUCCUAUACUGGUGGGCUUAGUAGUACUAGUUCCUUUGGCGCAUUGCGUCGUGGUUCAUGGUGCACUCCUCCAAGACUGUUUCUUGAAGAUCAGUUUGAUGUUAUUCCAUCAGAGGCUGGCUCUUCGCAUAAUUCUGUUACCAAGAGAAAAGAAGAUGAAGUAAGGAGGAAGAAAACCUCAGGCGCUGUGAAAAUCAGUCCAUGGGCACUGGCUCGUCUUAAUGCAGAAGAAGUUUCUCGAGUUGCUGCGGAGGCACGGAAGAAGUCCAAAGUUUUAGUGCCGAUCAGAAAGGAUGAAUAUUCACUUGGUCAUGAAACAGACAGUAGCUAUGGAGGUAUGAGUGGAAGGAUUGAUCUAGGACCUGAUAACACGAUGCAAACAGAUAGGAGAGGAAGGCCCCAUGGUGAUCUCUCUCUUAAGCCUGUCGCAAAAAUGUCUACAGAUGCUAUUGACAGCAUUGGCACUGACAUGGUCCCUGAAGCCUUAUCCAAUUUAGCACCGUUGCAACUUGAGGCACGGAGCGCUUUUCACCCAAGUAGAGCUGCAUCUUCCGUUAACGUUGAUGGGUCAUCUCCAGAUAGCAGUUUGGACUCGCCUGAUCUCCACCUGUACCGAUUCUCAGGUGUCUCCUCAUCUGCAGCUGAAGACUUGCAGCUCACAACUCUCACUGCCCCAGGAAGCACUCAACAGAAAGGGCUUCAGCUGUCUAGAUCAACCAGCGAUGGUUAUGAAGCAUCAGGUGGUGAAGACAGUGACCGUAUCCCGUCAAGGAUAGUGCACCGCUCCUCAAACUGGGCAAGCAUCAUUCUCAGCACUGAUCAGAGUGUGUCCUCAUCUGGCAUCCUUGUGCCAAAGAACAGAUUGUCUUAAGACCAAAUCCAUGCAGUCAUGCUCGGCUUCCUUCAGAUGAAUCAAGAAUGUAAAUGACCCACAGAGAUUCUAGGCCCCUACAAAGUUCAUCACCUUGUUGGCUUGUUCCAUAGUCUCGCCAUGCGUAAGCUGUUAUUUUGGAAAUUGGUAGGUAGAGAGGAGUGUUGUUUCAUUUGCGAAGGGUUUAAGUGCUUCUAAUUUUCUCUAUUAGAUGACAAUGUACCAUUUUACCAGAUGGUAGUAUCUUCAGUACCUUGUACUAACGCCUCAAUUUCCUGGUUGCUAACUGUUCUUGAGGUUGACAUGUUAGCUUCCGACCAUGUGAAGUUUGAAGAAAGAAAUAAGUCCACUUUACCCACCCUUA